AUGUCAUCCGAAAACGUUAUCGUUAUGGACUCCGACAACUCGCACAUUCGUGAAGAGUGGGAGCAGAAAGUCCUUGGGAAGAAAAUUGUCGACGACGCCACAUCACAAGCUGAGGGCGGGGACUCAAACACUACCAGUGUGCCGACCUUCGCAAAGUCGGACCUGCCACCUUCCAACCGUGUGCUCACCCCCAAUGGUAUCAUGACGAUGGAUUAUCGAUUCGAAAGGUUUGUCGACCUCCCUUCAUCGACCUCAGUCCACGCAAUGCAGGUACAUAUCAGUCUGACGUUUCGUACCCAGGGUAAACUUUAG